GGCGCGCCGUGGCGACCCGGCCCGAUCCCGAUCUGGUCCUUAUCCCGAUCCCCAUCCCGAGCCCGGCCCAGCCCGGCCCGGCCCGGCCCGGCUGCCCUGGCUAUGCUGUCGUGGGGAGCGGCGGGCGGGCGGGCGCUGCGCUGGGCGAACGGGCGGGCACCGGCCCGCGGGCUCCGCGCCUCUCCGCGGGCGCGGGUCGCCAUGCCCAGCUGGGUCAUAGACCGGUACGGCAGCAACGAGGUGCUGCGCUUCACCAGGGAGAUGAUGUUCCCCAUCAUACACUUCCCGAACGAGGUCAUCAUUAAGGUUCACGCUGCGAGCCUGAACCCCAUCGACCUCAGCAUGAGAAGUGGUUAUGGUGCAACUGCGUUAAAUAUGAAGCGGGAUCCCCUGAAACUCAAAACAGGCGAGACUGAAUUUCCUCUAACGCUUGGUCGAGAUGUCUCUGGUGUUGUUAUGGAAUGUGGACUGGGUGUGUCCUAUUUCAAACCUGGAGAUGAGGUGUGGGCAGCAAUUCCCCCAUGGAAACAAGGCACUCUGUCAGAGUUCGUGGUAGCUAGUGGAAACGAGGUAUCUUUUAAGCCAAAGUCUCUCAGUCACACAGAAGCUGCUGCCUUACCAUAUGUUGGUCUCACUGCGUGGUCUGCACUUAACCAAGUGGGAGGACUGAACCGAAAUAAUUGUAGUGGGAAAAGAAUAUUAAUAUUAGGAGCUUCAGGAGGAGUUGGUACAUUUGCUGUACAGCUAAUGAAGGCCUGGGAUGCUCACGUGACAGCAGUUUGCUCUCAUGAUGCCAGCACACUGGUGAAAAAGCUUGGAGCAGAUGAUGUGGUUGAUUAUAAAUCUGGAAAUCUGGAAGAUCAGCUUAAAGCAUUACCCUUGUUUGAUUUUAUCCUAGAUAAUGUUGGUGGAUCUACAGAGAAGUGGGCACUAGAUCUCUUGAAGAAAUGGUCAGGAGCAACAUAUGUUACUUUAGUGACACCUUUCCUGAUCAAUAUGGACAAACUUGGAGUGGCUGAUGGCAUGUUGCAAACAGGAGUCACUGUUGGUUCCAAAACUCUAAAGCAUCUCCUUAAAGGAGUCCAUUAUCGGUGGGCAUUUUUUAUGCCAAGUGGCCCAAGUUUGGAUGAAAUAGCAGAACUGGUUGAUUCUGGAAAGAUUCAACCAGUUAUUGAUGAAGUCUUCUCAUUUUCUGAAGUACCAGAGGCCUUUCUGAAGUUGGAAGGAGGACAUGCACGUGGCAAAACAGUGAUCAAUGUAAUUAGUAGACAAUAAAGUAUCUUUAAUCAUUA